AUGUCAUUCAGGUGUUUUCGUUUAGUUGAACUUGCCAUAGCAUCUACAGUGGAGUUUACCAAUGUCAAGUGCACUUCUCUGGACCCUAAAUUCGUGGAGUUUGAAUAUUGCUAUCUGAAAUCAGUUAAUCGAAGCUACAAGUAUCUUUCCCUGAAGACAAAGAUGUUUUUAUUACCCAUUCCCAAGCCGAAUGUUAAUAUUGAAUUUCUAAAGCGAUUCAGUGGCUACAAACCCUUUCUCUACAACAUUACCGUGGACGUCUGUCGAUUCAUGAAGAAUCCCAAAUCAAAUCCAAUUGCAGCUUAUUUUCAUGGUUUUUUUAAGAAUCACUCGAACAUGAAUCACACCUGUCCCUAUAAUCACGAUAUUAUCAUUGACCGACUAUCUAUCAGCUUUAUGAAUCAGCAUCUAACAGAAGUUUUGCCCUUUCCCAUCGGAGAUUACCUCUUUCAAUCUAACUGGAUAGCCGAUGGGAUUAAUCGCGCGAAUGUAAAUGUAUAUUUUACACUUUCUUAA